UUAAAAUUUAGCGAAGAAGAGUGGACGUGUGGGAGGGAGAGAAUACUAGAGUUGCUUCUGCUUCUGGAUAGUAGCAGCCAGAGAGAGCUAAUGCUUUGUUAACCUUCGCCAUAACCCUUCUGGCCGCCAUGGCUUCUCUCUCUGACAACCUCAAUUCCCCCACUCCCUUUCUGCAUGUUCAGAUCUGUAAUCCUCUCAUUCCUUAACCUAACAUCAUUUCAUCUUGUCUCUGUAUUGGUUUCAUAAACACCCCAACGGCGACGACGAGGUCAGCAUGACAAUGAAUAUAUCAGCAGAUUUGCAGUCUCUUUUCACAUGGAACACAAAACAGGUUUUUGUAUUUUUAGCUGCUGAGUAUGAAACCCCUAAGAAACCCUUGAAUCAGAUAUCGCUGUGGGAUGGUAUAAUUCCUUCAAAAGAUCAUGCUAAGUUUUGGAUUCAUACAUCCAAUAAGUACCGCUUCAUUGAUCAGGGAAGCAAUUUGUGCGGUAAAGAAUUUAAUUUGACAAUGCACUGGCAUGUUAUGCCCAAGACUGGCAAAAUGUUCGCUGACAAAAUAGUCAUGUCAGGGUAUCGAUUGCCCGAGGAAUACAGAUGAAGCUUGCAUUUGUUAAUGUAUUGAUAUUGAUGUAACUUUAACCUUUUCUAUGAUUAGUUGGAGUAUUAUGUUGGGAAAAGGUUAGCCAAAAAAUUGCAAUUUGGUAAAAGGAUAUGUUGUUUGGCAAAAGUUAAAAUGAAAAUAGUUGGAGUAUUAUGAAAAAUUUCAGCGUGUUAUUGUGUUCU